ACUAUGCCACUGCGUCUGUGCUAGUGAUGGGUUUUCAUACAUUUGACGCCCGCCCUUCCAUGCCCAAAUAAUUAGUAUGUAUCUUCCACUAUAAAAUACCCCCAAAACGUUGGCAAAUGGCAGGCAGCCAUUACCAUGCAGAGCACAUUUCUCACUAAACAUUGAAGCCUUAAAUCAUCACUCCGCAAAACACAAAUGUCUACUACCGUCACUGUCCUCACUGAUACCUGGAGCCGUAGGGCAAAGAGGUUUGAAAUUGAAGGUUAUGCCAAAAUCUUGGCCAUAGGAACCGCAACUCCGGCGAAUUGGGUUGACCAAACCACCUAUCCAGACUUUUAUUUCCGCAUCACAAAUAGCCAACACUUGCUGGAACAUAAAGAAAAGUUUAGACGCAUCUGCAACAAGAGCAAGAUUAGGAAACGACACCUGGUUUUAACAGAAGAAUUAUUGCAGAAAAAUCCCAGCUUGUGUACAUACAACGAAACUUCCCUUAACACCAGGCAAGACAUUUUGGUGUCAGAAGUUCCAAAGCUGGGCAAAGAAGCUGCCAUGAAAGCUAUAAAGGAAUGGGGUCGCCCCAUUUCUGAAAUAACCCAUUUAGUGUUCUGUACAACCAGCGGCGUUGACAUGCCGGGUGCAGAUUUCCGACUCACAAAGCUACUGGGCCUAAACUCAUCCGUCAAACGCUUAAUGAUGUACCAUCAAGGUUGUAACGCCGGCGCCGCCAUGCUCCGGCUAGCCAAGGACCUCGCCGAGAGCAACAAAGGUGGUCGGAUUCUGGUCGUGUGCUCAGAAAUCACGAUAAAUAUAUUCCGGGGACCCAGUCUUGAACAAGACGAUAAUCUUUUAGCCCAGUGUUUGUUCGGCGAUGGUUCCGCGGCGAUGAUAGUUGGGACAGAUCCAAGACCUGAUUUGGAAACUCCAUUGUUUGAGUUAGUCUCGAGUGCACAAACAAUCGUCCCCAACACUGAUUCUCACCUUAAACUGCACUUACGUGAGAUGGGGCUUACUUUCCAUUGUAGCAGGGCUGUCCCUUCUGUCCUUGCCGAAAACGUAGAGGAUUGUUUGGUGAAGGCGUUCGAGCCGUAUGGAAUCUCGGAUUGGAAUUCAAUUUUCUGGGUUUUCCACCCAGGCGGCAAUGCAAUUGUGGAUCGUGUGGAGGAGAGAUUAGGGCUUGGACCCGAAAGGUUUCGAGCGUCAAGGGAUGUUCUUUCGGAGUAUGGGAAUUUAACAAGCGCAUGUGUGUUGUUCAUAUUAGAUGAGGUGAGAAACAAAUCCAAGAAAAAUGAACAGAUGACUACUGGGGAGGGCUUGGAAUGGGGCGUGGUUUUUGGAUUUGGACCAGGGCUUACCAUCGAUACUAUUAUCAUUCGUAGUGUGCCCAUAAAUUAGUACGGAUCCGAGUAAUUAUUUAAACAAUUAAUAGAUGCAUACAAUUAAACAUUAAAAGUGUUGUUUAAAUGUAAUUAUAUUAGAGGAUGGAAAUCCUACUCGUUACCAUGUUUUAUUGUUGCUAUCUAGUGUUCCUUC